AUAUCCGAUUUAGUACGUGUGAGAGACUUAAAAGAACAUUCUAUACAAUAUAAUAUCACUCAGGGAGGUGAGACAGUCAAAGCAUCUAGAGCCAACAGCUAUACUGGACAGCUAUUGAACUAUAAGUGUCGAAAAUCGGUUAAAUCUUUGCUGUGCUGUGGCACCUAGCUGUGGUGUAUUGCACAAACUUCAACUCAAGCAGCAAGACUAUAGAGUCGUGAUCAAACUCGAUCUCGAUUGGCUUUACCAUAUUGGAUCGCCUGCAUCUCAAAAUAUCCUUAUAUUAUAACUGCAUGCAGCUAUGUAAGACUGUUCCUUCAUAGCAUUCGCUAGCAGGUUACCAGAGCUGAGAGUCUUACAUGGUUUGUAAUUCUUCGAGCGAGAUUUUAUGAUUAUCAUUUUUUGUGGUUUUGUGCCCUGGGAAGAGCCAGAGGUCAACGCAACAUCGAGGUCAUCGCAACAUUGGAGCUUGCCAUUGGAGUUGAAACAUGUCGAAUAACAACGUUGAAACCCCGUACACUUAUGAAGACUACGAGGAGAUGGUUGAAUGCUUGUUGUCAAGGCAACCGCAUCGUCCUAGCAUUGGUAUCAUCUGUGGAUCAGGGCUGAUGAACCUAGCGAACAAGCUAGAGGAGCGCUACAACGUCCCGUAUGAAAAGGUGCCCAAGUUCCCAGUCUGCACAGUUGAAGGUCAUACCGGUCAAUUUUGUUUCGGAACUCUGAAGGGCAAGAAGGUGGUGAUGAUGCAAGGGAGAUUCCAUUUAUACGAGGGGUACCCACCGUGGAAGGUGGCCUCACCCGCCCGUGUGAUGAAGUUGAUGGGGGUUGAUACGGUGAUCGUGACCAGUUCAAGCGGAGCUCUCAAUCCCGCCUUCAAAGUCGGUGAUAUUAUGGUGAUCAUGGACCACAUCGGGAUGCCCACGGUCUCGGGAUUCAACCCCCUCGAUGGGAAAAACGAUGAAAGGUUCGGGUCGAGGUUCGUCGACAUGAACAAGGUGUACGACGAGAAGCUGCGGAAUUCGACCCUGAAAGUCGCCGAGGAGCAGCGCAUCGCACCCUUCACCAGGCAGGGCGUCUACCUGAUGGUCGGGGGACCCUCCUACGAGACUCCGGCGGAAGCUCGGUAUCUACGCGCCCUCGGAGGCGAUGUCGUAGGAAUGAGUACCGUACCGGAAGUGUUAGCUGCGAGGCAUUGUGGAAUGAGAGCACUUGGAUUGUCGUUGAUCACGGAUAUCGUGACCAUGGACUACGGGGCAGCGGGCGCAAUCAACCACGACGAUUUCCUGGAGACGGCAAAAUGGCGGGCCGCUACGAUGAACGAUCUCGUGGUGGGCGUCGUGGAAAAAAUGGACUGUGAAUGAUAAUAGUAAUAACAAUAAUAAUCGUUUUGUUUAGCGAGGGUAAGUCUCAUCACCACCGAUAUGCAGUCAAACCUGUCUACAGCGACCGCCCAAGGGAAACACAAGUCAGAAGUGGUCUUUCUAGACAGGUUCCUUUAGUACAUGUUUCAAUGA